AUAAAUUAGAAUGAUGUAUUGUCCCAUUAUUGAUUUCUUCCAACAGCAAUAACCUGAUGUUUUUCCUUUUGGCAAAAGUUAUGGAUAGAAAAUGCAUUCGUAUAUUUAAAGAUUAUAGAUUUAUGGGAUGAAGAAAAAAACGUUUGUUAAGAAGAAAUGAAUUGUCCUGUUUUUAUUGAAUAUAAAGAGCAAGAUAAAGAAACAUCAAUAUUUGGUUAUUGCUGUGCAUGAUUGAGUUCUGAAGCGCUAUAAUGGAAAAGCAAACAGAAAAUCUGCUGAUUGAAAUUAAAACUGAGCCGUCAGAUAACUAUAAUGAGAACAAAAAUGAAAACUGUCACAACAGCAGUCAUGGCAAUAAUGAUAAUUGUCAACCUGAAGGAACACCACUGACUGUACGUGUCCCCAACAUAAAAACAGGAACAAAACUAGAGGAUGCAGUAGAAAGCAGUCCAUUCAGAUUAAGUGGUAGAGCUUCAUUUUUGUAUCAGAAAUCAAGAGGAGAUCUGAAUUAUAUAGAUAUAUGUGGGAAAGUAAAAGAAACACAAAAGUCAUCAAAUGAAAUAGAAAGUCCAAAGUAUAUAGAGAAUACUGGAAAAGUUAAAAUGAUAUCGUCAGAACAGAAAGAAAUUUUUAUAGAUCAUGUUGAAAAAGAAAUAAAGGCUGACAUGCCUCUAAGUGUAACAGAUUUUCGAAGAUCAAGUGAGGCGUCAGGGAUAGACAAUCCAAACGUUAACUCAAGGGCUUUGCUGCAAUAUGGAUCUGAUUUAACAGAAACAAAAAUCAAAAGACUAGAUGAAAUAAUUUCAGAAGUACGUCAAAAUCUUGAACUUGAUCCAAAAUUUCCAAAAGACCAAGUGCCAAAAGCUUCAAAACUAAGUAUUGAGGUUAAGUCUAGUUCUAAUCAAAGUUUAGAUGAAAGUGGUUCCUCUGAUGACGAAAAGAGUGAAAAGUAUUCAAAUUUGAAAAAUAUCAUGGAGAAAAUGACAAAAGAAAGCCUUCCCAGAAAACCUGGAAAGAAAGGUUCCAUUUGGAGUGAUGACGUGUUUGGGCAGCCAGGAGAAAAUCGCUAUAUUUGUCCUUCUUGUGGAAAAGGAUUUUUUUACAUGAGCCACUUGAGAAAACAUAGCAUGAUCCAUUCAGAGGUGAAACUGUUUACAUGCCCAACAUGUGGCAAAGGCUUUAACCAGAAGUCUAAUUUAAGGACACAUUUGAGAACACAUGCAGAUGAAAAAAUGUUUACAUGUAAUCAAUGCGAUAAAGGCUUCAAUCACAAUGCAUCUCUACAGAUUCAUAUGAGAACACAUACUGGCGAAAAACCUUUUGUUUGUAGUGUAUGCAAUAAAGGAUUUAGUAGAAAAAACACUCUUAAAAUACAUGAGACCACACAUACACCUGACAAACCUUAUGUAUGUACUACAUGUGGUAAAACGUUUGGGAGACGUUAUGUCUUGCAGAGACAUGUAUUAAUACAUGAGGGAGAAAAACCUCACAUAUGUGAAAGAUGUGGACGUGGAUUCAGUCAGAGUGGAGAUUUACAGAAACAUAUUAGAACACACACGGGAGAGAAACCAUAUGUAUGUACCAUAUGUGAAAGAGGAUUUGCACAAAAUGGGGAUUUGACAAAGCACAUGAAAACACAUGUAGGAGAUAAACCUCAUGUUUGUUCUGUUUGCAAAAGAGGAUUUGAUAAGCUUAAUGAAAUGCAAGAACAUAAAGAAUGUCAUUCUGACCAAUUAUUUUUUGCUUGUACUAGGUGUGGCAAGGAAUUUAGUCAAAUCAAAGAACUAAAAAGUCAUAGAUUAUCACAGGCAUGCAAGACAUUUGAAGAUACAGUUAUAGUUGAUGAUGAUGAUGAUGAUGAUGAUGAUGAUGAUGAUGAUGAUGAUGAUCAAGUUGAUCAUGAUAGUGAUAAAGAUAAAGACAAAACAUUAAAUGGACAAAUUUGUGAUAAUUAUACCAGUAUCACACAAACCUCAAAUGAAAAAUUGUUGUUUGCUUGUGUGAAGUGUGGCAAAGAGUUCAGUCAAAUGGAAGACAUUCAGGCACAUAAAAGGUCACAAGAAUGCAGUCCUGAUCUGUCACCCAUAACUCAUAAGAGCAGCUGUGAAGAACUUGAUGAUGGAAUAAAGCAAGAACCUGUUGAUAUAAUAGAUACCUCUUGUAAUACAUCAGAUAAUUCAAUUGACAUGAUUGGCAAUUAUGAAAAAAAUGAUGAUAAUAAUGAUCCUCAGAAUUCUGUCAAAAAAGAAAAUAACUCUUCAUUAUGUGAAGAAGAGGAAAAUGUUUGUGCUACUUGUGGAAUGAGAUUUACUGAGCUAUCAAUGUUACAAGAUCAUUUGAAGCUACAUUUUGAGCUGGAAAAGAUAACAAAUUCAUAUGUAACUGAAUCAGAAGAACAGUCUAAUACAGAUGAAGCUGAAAAGCCAUUUAAAUGCCAUUUAUGUGAGAAGUGCUAUCAGGGGAAAAGUUCUCUUCAGGCACAUAUCAGAUCCCAUACAGGAGAAAGACCCUUCUCUUGUGAGACAUGUGGCAAAAGUUUUCGACUAAAGAGAGAUUUACAUCGACAUGACCAGUCACACAGUGGUGAUCGCCCAUUUGCAUGUACAGAAUGCAGUAAAAGAUUCCGCUGGAACUGGGACCUACAAAAACAUAUGAGAAUACAUAGUGGUGAAAAACCGUUCUCAUGUACAAUUUGUGGCAAAUAUUUUAGACAAAAUAGUACACUCCAGGCACAUAUAAGGACUCAUACUGGAGAAAAACCCUACACAUGUACUACAUGCAGCAGAGGUUUUAGUCAAAGUUCAGACUUAACCAAGCACAUGAGAACUCAUACUGGUGAAAAAGCUUUUUUUUGUGAAAUGUGUGACAAAUCAUUCAGCUUAAGACACAACUUGCAGAAACAUAUGCAAAAACACAACAAGUAUAGACACCUAUAUAGAUCAGAUUCACAGGAGCUUGAGAAGACAAUUGAGAAAGAGGAACAAGUUGAUUAAUUUGGUUCUACAUUUAGUAUGAAAAUAUUAAAAUCAUUCUUCAAAGAUCAUGUUGAAUAAGCAUAUUCCCUUGAGAUUGUGAAAUAACUUUUGUUUUUUUAUAAAUGUAUACACAUUUUUGUUUGAAUACAUGUUAUAUGUAAGAGUCAACUCUAAGUCCACCCUCAAAGUAGUAGGGGCAUGAAGGCAAAUUUUUGGCCAACAGAAAUAAAAUAUUCGACAACUAUUUCAAAUUUGCACAUAUUGUAUGAAAAUGCAUAGAGAAAGGAAAUAUGAAAGAAAAACAUAAGAUGUUUUAUCUGAUGAUGUCACAAUUACAUCAUAAUAUGACCUGUUUUCAUGAAAACCGUGAAAAAUACAGAGUAAAUUCAGUUUUAUACGACAGCAAAAAAACUUUGUAAUCCUAUAUUGGUAUCACGUCAUCUUUGUCAAAAACAUUUGUUUACCGGACCAUUACUUUAGUAUAAGUUAAUAGAAAUCUAUGUCAUUUGAAUAAUUUUAAUUAGGGGGUGUAAAAAAAUUACAACAGCAUAGUGUAUUGCACAAAUGCCAAAAUAUUGAAUAUAAAUUCAAAUCAUAUAACCAAUUCUUAGUUCUUUGACUAGAGUUUUGUUUUGUGUCAGAAACCUAUUAUGGAUCAAAUAUUUAAUAACAAUCCAAAUUCAGACCUGUAUCAAGUGCCACUAUUGCGUCAAUUAUUACCCCAACUGUUCAGGGUUUGGACCUCUGUGGUUGUAUCUAGCUGCCCUCGGCGAAGCAAAUUUUUCAAUUAUAUUUCCAUUGCUGAAACAUUGUGCACCUUCAAGAAACAACAAAUAGUUAAGCAUAAUUGUAACUACUGAUAUAAUCUCACCAAAUAUAAGUAUCUUGCAUAAGCAUAUAGUUUGCCAAUCUAAACUAUACUUAAAAUUUUAUGAAAAGCAAGGAAAAGAAAGAAAUUUUACAAAAUAUACUAAUUUCAUCAUGGUUUGUUACCAUGAUAACUCGCGACAUGUUAAUUUUGUUCAACUUAUAAGGUAACCUUCAAGUAAUGUGACUUGACUUGGGACUGUGAGGCACACAUAUAAUGCAGCAGGAUUUAAGAGCUACCCUAACCUUAUCUGGGAUACUGGUAUCGUAAUGUAAAAACACUACAUAAUAAAAUUAUUUUUUAUAGAUGAUAUUCUUGCCCUCAUCAAUUAAUGUUGUCUUGUAUGGAGUGGUUGCGCUUAAAAUGAGCAAGCAAGAGUACUAUUAAUUAAAUUGCAGAAAGGGACAGCAACGCUUAAUUAAAUGCUGAUUAUUCACACAUAAUCAUAAGCCUCAUCAACAACAGUUUGUUGGAUGGAUGACAGUAGAGAACAGAAUCUUAAACCAUCAAAUUGCUGCAUAAAUGCCAUACAUAUGAGGCAAGCUCCUUUAUAUUUAUUUUCCUUUAAUUUAAAAUCCCAAAUGACAACCAAUAUUGCUUGAGGGAUACGUCUAACACACAACUACAAGUUCCAAAAGUCUAAUAGAAACACAUUUAUAAAUAUCUUUAAUAAACAUAUUUUCAAAAUCUUCGUUAUGGAAUAACGUAGAUGCAUACUAGUAUAUGUAUAUGUCACACUUGAUUUAGAUGUGUAAAGUCUGUUAAUUGUUAUGUUUAUUAGAAUGAUGUCAAUACUUAUGUAUUUUAAUAGUUUUGACUUUAUAAAUGGUAGAACUUUUGAUAAUGUCUUAACUGAGUUUAGUAUAUAUUCAUUUUACUUAUUAUUUUAUUUGAUGUCCCAACUUUACAUUAGUGUUUAUGCUUCUGAUCUGUUCAUCAUUUUGAUUUUGGUUUAAGGAAAGUUAAAGUUGUGGUCAAAUCAACUUGAAAAAUUGUUCAUUAUGAUUUGAACUUUAUGGAAUGUAUGUCAGAGUUUUAGAUAAGCAUAAGCAAAGUUAUUUAAACCUAUGAAAGAAAAUCAAAACCAACAAAAUAACUUAAACAAGUAAACAUUAUUACUUACCUCUUUACUUAUAUCAGUAUAUACACAUGCCAUAUAUUAGUAUUAUUUAUGACUGUUCUAUAUUUCAUGGAAAUGUAACAAACUGAUGGAGUGUCCCGUUGACACAUUUUUUUGUUUAUUUUUCAUAUUCAUGGUAUUUUAUUAUGACAUCAGGAAAGAUCAGUACACUUAAAAAUUGAACUCUCUAUACAUGUAAAUGAAUUAUUAUCAUUAUUAUUAUUUACCUUUUUGUUGAAGUAAUUUCAACAUCUAAUUUAUUCACAUAAAUUUCUUUUUAAUUUCUGCAUGUUCUUCAGUAUGUACAUUUUUGAUUAUAAAUUAAAAUAUACUCAGACAUGUCAGAUCGCACUAAAUUGCUUAACGAUUCUCUUCAAACACAGGACUGUUUUAUUUAAAAUCCUUCCGUUAUUUUAAAUUCCUUCAAUGGUCGGAUAUUUUGAAUAUUAAGUAGCUUUACCAAUAAAUGAAUAAAUACACUUCAGGUGAUCAGUGUAGUUAAAAAUCUGUUUCAUUGACGUCUGCAAAAAUAGUAAUGUUUAAGAAUAUUGUAUUUCAAACACAAACAUAUAGUAAAAUUUGUAUAUGUAUAGGUAAAACAGAUAGAGAUUUUUUUUUCUGUUGAAAGCUAGUAACAAAAAAAUAUCUACUGAAUUUUUAUACGCCCAUUUACGAUUUUAUAAAUUUGAUUUUUUAUGUUUCAGAGUCAUGUGAAUUUAUUCAUAAAAAGGAGGGAUUUUCCAGUGUUAUACAAUGCGUUGAGUAGUUAUCAUGAAUUUUUGUAACUGAUUUAUAUCUAUCAAGAUAGUAUCCCUUUAGUUUUUCAUGUAUUCUGAUAUGACAUUGAUUAUUUGUUUUUAAAUUUUGUCUUUGAAAAAGUGACGGGUGUAUUAUUCGUCUAUGACGCAGCUGUGUAUUCAGUUUGUAUAAAAGUUUUUUUCUAAGUGUGUGGUUUUGUGUUUGAUCUAAAAAAAUAUGUUAUUAGUUAAAGAGAGGAAGGAUCACAUUACAAAAAAUGGAUUUGGCAUUUUAUUAAGAGCAAUAAAUUCAUCAAAGUAUAUAAAUUAGGCAGUUAGCUUUCUUGUUUGGCUUUAUAUCUGUCAUUUCGGGGCCUUUUAUUUCUGACUGAGCUCAUUAAGGCCUAAUAAUUGUUAAUGUCUGUGUCAUUCGGUCUCUUGUGGAGAGUUUGCCCAUUGGAAAUCAUACCACAUCUUCGUUUUUAUAUCAGAAGUAAAGUUGACAAUUUUAUUUUUACUUUGUUUAAACAAUUGAUAGGUGUUCUGAUCGUCUUCACAAGAAUUAUGCUAAUUUGUCUAGUAUUGAAGUAAACUGAAGUAUCAAAUAUAUAGUUCCUUGCUGACUUUAGAUAUAUGUGUGAUAGGUUUGAUAUAAACAUAAGACCUACAGUUUAAAAAAUGUUUACCUUUACAGGUCGACAAGAUGCAAUAACUUAAAAAAUGUCUACCUACAAAAAAAUGUUUCAUUUCAAAUGUCAAAUUAGUAAUUUGUUGGGUUUUUUUCAAUUGUCAACAAUUAUUAUUAUACUUUGCGUUGAAAUGCAAGAUUUUUAUUGGCUUAUAAGAGGGAUAAUUUACUUGCUCCAUGACUCCUCUCAUUUGGUAGCUUAUGUUUGCCCUGUCAAAACACUACUUAAUGAUCCUCAUUAAAUUUUUCUGUCAAUGCUAUUAUAAACUUUGAUUUAUAUGUCAAGACUCAAGACAGUAAUACCUUAAAUUACUCUUACAAAUAAAGAUCAUAUAGUUUUGCCAGCCGAUACUUUGGAGUUCAUGUAUUUUUACCGAUUUCUCAUGGUUUAAUGCAUUUGGAACAAAAUAGGAAUUGGUAAAGGAUAAUUUUGGUUAUUUAUAAACAUUUGAAUGAUAAUGCUUUUUAAGGAGAUACAUAGGCGUUAAAAUAGAUUUUGAGCGUGAAGAGAGUGUAACAGUUACUGAAAUAUAUAACAAUUAGAUAAAACUAGUAGUGUUCAUACAAGCACAUCUCUAACUUCUCUUCCUUUCAAUCAAAGAAGAGCAAGAGAUAUAAUUUUGUAUUUAUUAUGAAUAUUAAAAUGGUCAUGCAGUGUA